UAGCUUACAAGCCGAUCAGUCGUCAACAUUUCACUAUAGCUGUAGGUAGUAAGUUUUUGAAAUAGAAGAGUUGGUUAAAAAAAAUUCUAAACGAAAUACAAAUAAUUAUACCAAAUAAGAGGAAAUAAGUGAAGGUGUAAACAUUUGGUUUUGACAAACAAAAGUUUAAUUGUUUUAUAAAUAUUAAUUUUUUCUACAAAAAUAAUAACAAAUUAUGUUAAGCUGUCAUAAGUUCUGGUUUUUGUUGGUGUUAGCGAUUUUGAUAGAAAAUCACCUGACAAGGGCAAAUCCCGUGGCAGAAGCUAAAGCCGAACCUAUAGCUGAAGCUGGAGUACAAGCGGAUAUAGCCAAAUUGUUGCUAAUCAAAGAUGAUGUAAUACUCGAUAAAGUGGAAAAGGAUACGAAAAAAGUGAUACGUGUUAACCCUUUAGACUUGCCACCCAUUAAAGAAGAUCCUAAUGCUUUAAAUGAAGAUUCUUCUCUAUACAAUAUACAAUCACUCAAACCAUAUAUGGGCAAAAGAAAAUAUGUUCAAAUGCAUCGUACCAAAGCACAAAAAGCAAAUGUGCCAGAAGCUCCUCUAAGUGAUACACCCAUUAUUAGAGGUUUUUCCCUGUUACCCAGUCCUGAGAAAACGCUUAAACCUAAACAUCAAGCCAAAAAGAAACAUUUACAUUUUCUCUAUAAUCAAAAGGAUUUAGCGGGUAAUGUAUUAUCGAAAACUAUGCGCGUUCAUGUUGCUCCAGGCGCCUAUCCUGUCUACUAUGUGCUGUCAAAAACUAAUGGUCGUUUUGGCAAAUAUCCUUUAAAAAGUUUUGAUAGUCCUCAGGCCUUUAAAAAGUAUUUGGUGAAAUACAAGCUCGAGCAUUCAGCCGCACUGGAGCCAUAUGGUGAAGAAGUUUAAGCUGCUUGUCAAAAACUUAUUGUGUAUAUUAUGCCGAUAAAAUAGAAUUUAAUAUUUAUUGUAAUUAGUUUUUAAGUUAAAUUUUAAGAAACCCCCAUUUUUAUACAAAAUUAAUGUGAAAAAAAAACUAAAUAAAUAUAUUGAAAGAUUUUUUUA